UGACACUACGCUGUCGCGUCGUUCGUCGUUCGCCAGAACAGCUGGGUGCUAUUGAAUGGAAUUUGUGUUACCAAAAAAAAAAACAAAAAAAAAAUCGUUUUAUAGCUGACGUUGCUUAUUUGCUUUAUGUAAUGUAAUUAACAACCAAAGGCAAGCAAAGCAAGAGUGAGCGUGUUGUGGCAGGCAUUAUUAGGUACAAAUUUGUGCAAAAACAGCAGUGAUUGCCAGCUACGAGUGGAACAUUCAAGUGAAAUCAGCUGUGCUGUGUAACGGUGCUACAAACACGCCCAAAUUGCUGCAAGUUUGACAGGGAAAAGCAGAAGUCACAAUGACAAGCAAGCAGUGUGUGUGGGCAGCCAACGCUUAAAAUGUGGAACCAAAUAGUGCUCCUUAGCUGCUGAUAAUUGCUUUUCAAUAGCGUGUAAAAAUAGUUAAAAGUUUAGUGAAAUAAAAAGCGGUGCGGUUUAAAAAUAAAUAUUAAAAAUUAUAAAAAAGUGUUUGUUCAAAAAUUCGUCGAAAUUACGCGUGUGACGUGAGAGUUGUUCGAAUCGGCAUGUAAACAAAUUUUGGGCGUUUAAUUGUGCGUAAAUGUUGCAGAAGUGUAAAUGAAGCAAGCGCAAGGAUUAGCUACAGCGGUUCACACACAAAUUAUUAACUGGUAAAAAAGAGAGAAAUAAGUAAUAAAUAAGUGAGCAAAAUUAUAAAAAUAACUGUAAUUUGUUUCCAUAGAUUUGUGUGUGAGUUUCGAAAGCGGUUUAAUAUCAUCAAAGCAAGCGCGUGGUGGAACUCUGGAUUAAUAAACAAGUGCAACGUUUUAUGUGUUCAAAAAAGUUGUCAAAAGUUUGCAGAAAGAAAUACUGAUGAUUUAUUUCGUUUGAAAAUAUUGCUGCGAAAAAAGGAAGUGAAGUUAAUAAUACCAUAGAAUACCGAAAAUACUUGAAUCUAAAGAGAAAUAUGGAAACAUAAAAUUUCUUGAGUAAAACUGCGAACAAAACUGGAAGAGAAUUCCGAAAAAGUUACAGUUUUUGAACGAAGAAAAGAGCCAUAGAGACGCAGUAAAUUAUUUACAGUUGACUUGUUGUCACAACCCAAAUCUUCGGCGUGUUGAACAAAGAAAUCAGCAAAGGCAAAUCAGCCGCAGGCAACAAAUGCACGCUGCAUUGAUUUUUUCACUGCAAUCGUUAAAGUGAUGACUUGAGAGAACAACACAACACACAACUGGUAACUUAAUCGCUUCAUUCUGUUUAAGCGUCACAAGCAGAAUGCUUACGUAAUGUGUGAAAGUGUAAAGCUGCUACAAACGAACGGGCAAACCAAAGCAACCACAAAGCCAACUGACGCCGCCGGCGCACAGCGCUGAUUGUGCGGCAGCAACAUACCAAGCAAACAUAGAGCAAGUAAACAAUAAAGCUGAGCAGAAAUAAGAAAUAAAUGCAAAAAAUGAAACAUAGUUGCCGACGCCAAAGCCAGAGUUAGUGAACAACAACAACAAGGCCGAUAUAAAUUGGUCAGCAACAGUAAACAGUGGACCUGUGCUGGAGCUGUGUGUGGGAAGAAAGCCGGAAGCACAGCACUUGAAGUCAACUAUAAAUAAAAAAGCGCAUAUACUGCAACAACAAUAAAAAAAACAACAUUAUAAUAAAAGCAAAGGCACAAACACAGCGCCUUCAAGAACAAUCAAUUGUUGUAGCAAAAUAGCGGUGUUUCUAUAUUGCCGUUGCUGCGGCUCGGCUGUUGUUGACAGUGACAGUGAAUAAGAAAGACACACAAAUAAAGUGGCAUACAUAAAGUAGAAGACACAAUAAAGUGCGGAUAAAGCAUCUAAUCUAACUACAACAGACAACAACAGCACAGGAAAUAUAUGAAAAUACGACAAUCGCUGGCUUUAUGCUGACAGCAAAAGAAAUUAACACAAAAGACUGAGCGAAUCAAGGAAAGCAGCGGCACUGGGGGUAUACAACAACGCUCGUUUAGCGGUAUGCGGGGUUUAGAAGGUGUAGCAGAGACAUAAAACAGUCUCAACAUAAAGCACACAGAGCUCAGGCGAGUAUAUUACAUGCUCCGGCAUUUGGUUAUGAAGCGCGUUUGUCAAAUGAAUCAAUUUACAUGCUAAAAGUGUCGCUGGACAAAGUGCAAAACAGCAAAAAUAAAGCGGAGACAACCCGGAAGAAAAGCGACAUAAAACUGUCAACAUUGUCGAAGCUCGCCCAUUUGUAGGUCACUCACAAAUGCCCACAAGCGGGAAUACCAGAUUUUGAUUAUCAACCUAAUUUGAACACCAGGCAGACAGACAACGUGCCUGACGUAAAUGUGAUUAGACUUGAGCGCACUGAAUGGUCGACGGCAAAGUGGCAGCAUAAAAGAACGCAACAAAAGCUAUUGACGCGGGAAAUAAUGGCGAUCACGAUUAGUAAUUUGACAGUUUAAAUGAACUGAAGGCACGCAGAAGGCAACGAAGUAGCGGCAUUUAGGGGAAUAAAUGACAAAAGAUUAAAUAAAAAACUUCAAAACUGUCACUGAGCGCUGCCAAGUGGAGUGGGAGAGCAUUGUUGCUGAAUAACGUUAGACAACGUGCCGAUAUUUGGGCACUUACGCAGACAAGUGCUAAGAUAAACUGGACCAAACCUUUAAUGGAUGACUUUAGACUAUGAUAAAAAGAAGCAAAAGUAUUACAACAAAAUAACAAAAAAUAAAAAAAUUACAACAUAACUCAUAGAACACCCCACGACUGGUAAGAAAACUAAACGCAUAGUGGUGAAAAACGCAAACGGCACAUUUGCAUAGCAUACAUUUAGGAGUUGACGAAAUAAGGCGGCAUGCACACCCAAACACGCACUUGCUGACACUACACACACACACACUAACGACUGCAUACCGCAAGGCGCGUAUACAUGCUCGUACACAGCUAGCGACUAAAGCAGAGUGCAAGUAAUAUUAGCAACAACAACAACACAAUGCUCCAACAAUCAACUGCCCGCCUUUUACUGCCCAUCACGCUGCUCGUGUUGGCCAAUUUUCGCCUCACACUUACCUGCCCCGCCGAAGUGUGCGCCUGCAAGUGGAAGGGUGGCAAGCAGACGGUCGAGUGCGGCGGCAAGGAGCUGCCGAAUAUACCCGAGGGCAUGGAUCCCGGCACGCAAGUGUUGAACUUCUCGGGCAAUAGUCUGCAAGUGCUGCAAAGUGAACGCUUUCUACGCAUGGAUUUGCUGAAUCUACAGAAAAUCUUUCUAUCGCGCAAUCAGUUGAUACGCAUACACGAGAAAGCCUUUCGCGGUCUGACCAAUCUCGUGGAGCUAGAUUUAUCGGAUAACUCGCUGCAAAAUGUACCCACCGAGACGUUUCAAGACUACAGUUCGCUGAUGCGUCUCUCGCUUAGCGGCAAUCCCAUACGCGAGCUGAAGAUGUCGGCUUUCCGGCAUCUCUCGUUUCUGACAACGCUCGAGCUGAGCAAUUGUCAGAUCGAGCGUAUUGAGAAUGAGGCCUUCAUUGGCAUGGACAAUCUGGAGUGGUUGCGUUUGGACGGCAAUCGCAUCGGUUUCAUACAGGGUCAGCAUAUACUGCCCAAAUCGCUGCAUGGCAUCAGUUUGCAGAGCAAUCGCUGGAUGUGCGACUGCCGUUUAUUGGACUUGCAUAUGUGGCUCAACAACUAUGUGACGCCGCAGGUCGAGGAACCCAAGUGUGUGGAGCCGCCGCGACUGAAAGGACAAGCGAUCAAGACGCUGAAGAAGGACGAACUGGCUUGCCUGCCAGAGGUCACACCCUCAUCGACGUACACCGAAAUCUCGGAGGGCCGUAAUAUGUCGAUUAUGUGCGUGGUGCGUGCUAUACCGGAGCCGCAAGUAUUGUGGCUAUUUAACGGUCAAGUGAUGACUAACGACAGCCUGAUUGAUAAUCUACAUAUGUACUACUAUAUUGAUGAGACGGGCAGCGCGGAGGAGAAGCGCAGUGAGAUCUUCAUCUAUAAUGUUGGACCCGAGGAUAAUGGCACCUUUUCGUGUGUGGGCAAGAAUGUGGCGGGCAUAACUUUCAGCAACUACACGCUGCGCGUUAUCAUCAAAGAACCGCCUGUGGUGAACGAGGUGUCCUUUCCACGCGACUAUAUGAACUAUAUCAUCGCCAGCAGCACGGGCGCUGGCGUCAUAUUUGUUGUGCUACUUUGUACGAUAGUGAUCAAGUGCAAACAGCGCCAGCCAAACAAGCGCAAGAAGUGUGCCAAUGGCGGCUCGGUUACCAAUGUGGUUGGCGGUGGCGCACACGCUACAGAUAGCAGCGGCAACGAGACGGGUUUGAUGAAAUGCUCGUCUAUACUGAACGAUGGCGACUCACUGAACGGCGGUGCGGGGCUUUUGUUGGCUGAAGGCAUGACGCCCACCAAGCUGUGCAAAGAGAAUGGCGGCGUCAUUAUGGGCGGUCAAAUGCAACAGAAUUUACUGCUAUAUGCACCCGCGCAUUACCAACAGCAAACGUCCAACAGCGCAGUGAUUGGCGAUGGCGGCCAGACGCUGCAGUUGAGCGUUAGCAUGGCUAGUGCGAGCGGUACGCCGCCGCCAAUGUUAGUUGGCAACGCUGUCAGUUACUGUUCGCCGCCUUCGUCGGUGCGCAAUUAUGCGGAGAAAAAUCCAGAUUUGGUAAAUGACGCCGAGAGCGUUAAUCAUGGCAAGCUGAAAACAGCAGCGUCCUUAGACGCAGACUACGAUGCGGCUAGUGAUUGCUCGGGGCCAUGCAGCAUACAGGGUAUGUCGACGACGCCGGUGCAAUUCGACAAUUGCUACCAGCUGGCACCACAGUAUGGCUCACAGAUUAUACGGCCGGCAAACAUGCAACUGAAUUCUGCUGCAGCAGCACGCUUUGGCGCUAUGACGACAUUGCCGCGUGGUAUGCAAUUGAAGACCGUAAUGAACAGUUUGAGCGCCGCACCCGCGCCACAACACCAAGUGGACGUGCACUUGAAUCCAGUGUGCUUCCUUGGUCAGGAUGGCUUUGCUUAUGAUUACAGCAACGCGCACUUGCAACAGUCGGCGCCUGCACCACCUUCGCAUCAUCACCUACAGCUGCAGCCGCAACAUUCAUUGGGCUCCGAACCCUCACACGCACAACACAUGCAACAGCAAAACUUUUACCGCACUCUACCACACAACCGCGCACACAAACAGCAGCAAUUCGCCGCGUCCGCUGCAAAUCCAGGCAUGCGUUAUAGCCUAGAGGCGGAGUUCUUGCAGCGCUCCGGCACACCAACCUACGACAAGUAUAUGCCCAAUGUGCGCUUCACGGCCGAGGGCUACCCACAAACACAACAACAGCAUAUAGUGCAGUACCCGUCGCCGCCGGAGGGCUACAAGAGCAGUCAAAGCCCCGCGCCCAGCCUACAUGACGGCGGCGCGGUAAGUGGCGCGGGUGGUGUCGCUUCCACAAUUUCAAAUGCUACGUUUCAGCAGUGGCCACCCUGUUUGCCCGGCUAUCAUGUGCAGGCCAUACGCUAUCCACCGACCAUUGUCGGCGUAUUAAGCCCACAGGCGCAUAUGCAACAACAACAGCAGCAGCAUUUGCUGCAACAGCAACAGAAAUCGACGGCAGCGGUUGUGCUAACACCAAAUGGACCAACAAAUCAAACACAAGUGCCCACAUCAAUAACAACAACAGCGGUCACGGCUAUGGCCACAGCGAGCACCAGCACGAGCGGUUCGACGUCCGCGUCGACAGUCACAAAGCGUUGUGCAGCCGCGCAGGCCGACGCUUCCACCAUACCCGAAUGCGAUGAGAACGACGUUUCACCCACCACAUCGACAGCGGCCAGCAGCAGUAAUGACGGCAGCAGCAGCAGCGCCACCACAGUAACCAUAUCUGCAAGCAACACGACGGCAACCACGGCGGCCACAGCGACUGCCUCCGAAGAAUCCUCAAAAUUGCGGCAUUUAAACGGCCCCUUGGCGGAUAGCCCAGACGAAGGCUAUGUGGGCGAUUCGCACGAAGGCUCCGAUAUAUGACGACGCGGCGCUAAUGGCAGCUGCGCGAACGCACACGGCAAGGCGGGCGGCAGCGGUUGUAGUGCGGUCAAAAUGGACGACUCGGUGGCAUUGUAGAGUGGGCACAGCCAUAAGCAUGUGUUGUGUGAGUAGCUGGACAAUUAAAUUGUGUGCGAAUGCAUACACACAUACAUAUGUACAUACGAACUUGCUUCAGCUUCACGAGGUGUAAUUCGAUGUGAAAUGAUGGUGGUCAAGUUCUAUAGAGCUGUGCUGUACCGUUUAUUGCUUGCAUAUUGUGGGACAAUUAGAAAUCCAUUAACAUCUCAAUAAAACUAGUGAAAAUAUUGAUUAUCAGUCUUAUCUACUGCAGAAUCUCCAAAUCACACCCUUGGUCCUCACAAAAUAUUCCGCCACCACUCUACUAGUUCAACUGCUGCUUUCUCUUGCAAGCUUAGCUAAAAAUCGUUAAAAUAAAAGAAGAGUAGCAGCAAAUUUUUCCAGUAAAAGUAUAUCAUCACCACUUGGCUGUUCGCAUUUACCCAUAAAUUGAAGUUCUGAUAUAUUUUUUGUUUUUCAUUGUUACUCUUACUCAUUUCCUCUUACUUGCGCUUCGCUCUUCGUGGCCAGUCAAGCAUUAAAUUAAACGACAGCUUUAUAUUUUUUCCAUUUCGAUACCUGUCGCAAGCUCUCAUUGUGUCCGUAUGCUGGACGUUUUCGCUAGCAAUAACAGCUUUUAUUGAUUUCAAUUAACAGCCACCACAGAGUACGUCGCGCCAGUUAUAGAACAAGGUAGCCAGAAAACAAAAAAUUUGUAAAUUUUUUCUAAGCAAAUUUUUUUUCUUUAAUUAGUUGUCAAAAGUUAAAAAAACAAACUUCUUGUAACGGCUUAGUAGGUGACAGUGCUUUAUUUUCGAGUAUUGAAAAAUUUUAUUUAUUGGUAAUUUUCUUUGCUAUAUAAUUCAAAAUGAGGCCUAAGCUUCACACUCUAUUGAAAAUUUUUUAUUACAAAUUAAAAUUUUUUUGUUAACAGGUGGCAUCCCUUGAAAAUAAUAUUUUUUUAAUAACCUUCUAUUGAAAUCUACUCGUAUUAAAAUAUCAAAAAAAAAAAAAAUAUUUACGAUGAGGUGGCAACCCUGAAUAACAUUAAAUAUGCAAAAACUUGCAGUUUUUUCUGCUAAGCAAGUUGACCAAAGGAAUACAGACAUUCUAUUGAACAUUUCUUGUUUUAAAUUGCCAUACAAAUAUUUAAAAUUAGGUGGCAACUCUUAAUAAUAAUAAUUUUGUAAUAACGUGACACGAGUCUUUGCUAUACUAUAUGUACAUAAGUCAAAACGAGGCUUAAAAUCUCACAAGCUGUUGAAAAUCUUUUAUAACAUAUACAAUUUAUUUUGCAAUCAGAUGGCAUCUCUUAAGAGCAAUACUUUUUUUUACAAAGUUUAAUUAAAAAUUUCUUGUUUUAAACUUAAAAAAAAUUGUAUUCAGGUGGCAACUCUUAAUACCAAUAAUUUUGAAGUAACGUGGCAUCCCAAAUUCUAUUGCAAAUUUUUAAUUUUAAAUUAAUUUUCUUUUAUAAUCAGAUGGCAACUCUUCACAAAAAUAAUUUUUUAAUAAGGUGACAUACAAACAGACAUUGUAUUGAAAGUUUUUCAUUUUAAAUAUAAAAAAAUGUAUGAUCAGCUGGCAACCCUCAAUAAUAAUAAUGGUAUAAAUACUAUUCUCAAACUUUUUCGAUAUAUUUUUAAUACAUAAUUAUUUAAACACAUAAUUUUUCCUUACAUUAAUAACAGGUGGCAAUCUUGUUAAAAAAUUCUUCGUAACUAAGCUUUCCAAAUUUUAAAGAAAAUUAUAGGUAAUUAGUGAAAACAUGUGAAUAAUUUUCACACUUUAAAUACAUUUCUUUUUAUAAUCUGGUGGCAACUCUCAAAAACAAUAAUUUUAGAAUAACAUGCAAAUUUUGCAGCUACAUAAGUUGGAAAAUGGCGUACAUACCCAAGUUCUAUUGAAAACUUUUAUUUUUAAAUAAAAAAAAUAUUUAUGAUCAGGUGGCACCUAUUAAUAAAAAAAAUAUAUUAGUAACUUUUUCUGCUAAACAAGUUGGAAGAAGGCAUACAAACAGAUAUUCCAUUUAAAAUUUUCGUUUUGAACUGAAAAGUAAUUACAUAUAUAUAAUCAGGUGGCAACUCUUAAUAACAAAAAUUUUGAUAAUAAUAUUCAAAAAUUCACAUGAAUAUAUACAUAUAUACAAUUUUUUAUACUUAGCUUUUUCUUAUAUUAAAUACAGGUAGCAACUUUCUAAGAAAAUAUAAAGCUAACUAAAUUUUAAAGUGAAUUUUGAGCAAUGAGCAAUUGAUUUGCUAGAAAAUAAUGUGAAAUUGAAUUGCUUAUCAAUUUUGUUUCGGUUUUAAAUUUGAUAUUACCAUAUUUUUAAAUAAAGUUAAAUUUAAAAAUUCAAAAUAUAUAUAUAUACUAUAUAUUUUGCUGACAUAGAAAUUCGCCACUAAUAAAAUAUAUUUCUUACCUUUCCCUGACAUAAAACUUCGCAUUUUUUCCUUAUAUAAUAAAUAUUUAUGCAACAGCUCUUCUUGGGUUGCCCAACUUCAUACAACUUUCAGCAUUAAAGCCAUUUUAAUUAGUUCAAAGCUUUCUCAUUUUCGCUACCAAUGAAUUGUAUUAUCUUCCCAAGAUGCUAUGACCUACUAUUAGCCCUGCCUUUUCCGGCUAACCCAAUUCAAAGCCUCUGGCCUAACUUCAAGUAAAGUGGCGCAAUCACAAGCCUGGUCACCCUAUUCACUAUUCAAAGCAAACAAUAAAAAAAAAACUUUUCACAACGCGCGCAGCAAUGAAGAAAGCCAGAACAACCAGCGCAAAUUUCUUUAAAUCAUUUUUCUUAAAUGAAAACAAAAGAUUUUGUUUCUCAACUUGCCUUUAUGCGCUGCCACUUCCUAGAAUUUAUGUGCACGUGCCUUUCAUUCAGCUUCCAUUCAUUCAUAUACUACAAUAUUAGCUGCGCAUCCCGCCAUUUACAUUUCGACUUGACUUUUUUGACUUAUUUGGCGUGCGAUUUUAUUCCAGUUGAUGUAAUUGAAAAAGUUUUCAUUUCAUUUAACUUUGUCCCAUUCUUUGAAGUGCUGCACCCAACUCACUGUGAAUAACUUAAGGUGCGCGCAAUGAGAGCUUUCUUGUUGCAGGGGUCCUUUUUGCGGGUAAACUCCUCGAUAGAACGGCAAACUAGGCAAAGAAGUAGAUAGAAUUUCAUUUAGACAGGCAUACCAUUCAAACCAUAAGCCUUUGGUAUUCGGGGCAACUUCUCAACAAUUGAUUUGUAGGCCAAAUGCGCUUUUGUUCGGCUAUGUACUGAGCGACGCAGGCUAAAAGAACCAGAAACGAUUCAAUACUGGGCGCUACUAAAGCAUCAAUCUGGAACUCAGAUUGCAAGGUGUGCCGCGUUCGAAGAAACAACACUUCGCUUCCACUUUGUUUCAGUGGAGUGAACACUAGAGUGCGGGCAAGAGAGAGAUAGGCAGUGGAAAAGUGAGAAAAGCGGUUAAAGACGAAAAACAGACAGUAACUGCAGUUAGACAAAGCAUUUUACAUUAUUAGCAACAAAGGUAUUUUUUAUGAUUUCAUAUGUGCCACAGCACUCGUAGUACAUAUAAGAAAACAGGUCGUGUCUAUACGAGCAUGUGCAUUUCAAGUGUGCACACCGAAGUCUGCUUUCAGACACGCACAGGUGUGACACAAUUUUGUGAAAACAAUACAAGUAAAUAUGUGCGCAACGUGAAAUUGCUGUUAUAAGUACACUCGAGCAUACGGUGUUGAGUAUAUGCCACUUCCUUUCCUUGACAGGCUUUUUGAUUGUGAGAAACGCGCAGAAAAAUCAAAUUAAAAGUGACGACUUGGCAGAUACACAAAACUGGCUGCUUCAUAUAUAUUAAAAAUAUAUUUUAUCUUCAAGCAAAUACUAACGCUCGCUAGCGGCAUGCUCGCUCACUUAUGACAACGCAGGCUCUCGUUUUGUUUGCCAGCAAAUUUAUUAAUACUCAUACGCCGUGUCUAACAGCGCUGCAACUUUGGCACGAGCGCCACUUCACUUGUGCCAGUUAACGGCAAUAUGUUUUAUGUUCGCAAAUACCGUUGCAGAAGGUGGCAUAAAAUAUCCAUACGCGAAGAAUGCGAAAACGGAUUUCUUGCAUCUUUCUUACUCGGAAAUCAACACGCCUCUCAAACAAUUCAGUUGCCAGAAAUAACUGCUGUUAAAGCAAUUUCGUAGUGUAAAAAGAGUAACUGUGCUUGAAAUGGUUCGAAAAUUAUAUUUUCAGUGGAAUUUCAAUUGUGAGAUGGCUUUGAUGUUAGAGCAAGUUGUUGUAUCGACAUCUGCCUUAGGAAUUAUUUGAUUUUUAUUAUAAAUUAAUUUGUCUUUCAUUAACUCAUUAUUGUCUCUCAUAUACACAGUGUGUGUAAUUUGCGUCGCUUAUGUCACCAUCCAUCACGAUUUUCGUCAGCUCGUCUGGCAUAGCAGUUUUGGCUUGAGCUCAUCAAGAGCUUCUUGAUGGUUUACCAAAUCCAAAGCAAACAGAUUUGAUCCAAGUCUUGCCAAGUCUUGUUGACACCAGUAACUGUCGAUAGGUUUUUGAAGCAUUUAUAUCUACCAAUAAUGAGUCAUCUCUAAAUGUUUCAAUCGAUCCACUCGAUGUGAGUGAACUUUCUCAUGAUCAAAAAUAUUUAAUACAAGCGCCAAGACUGUGUCUGUUCACCUCGACAAUUUAUGAACUAAUUCUGUUUCUGUUUUCUGUCUCCAUUUGAAGCCUUCCAAAGUCAAAAUUUUCUUCUUAAAGCAUGUCCAAAAAUAUUAUAUAACAGAGGACAAGACGAUGUCAGUUGAUCAUGAUAUGUAUGAACUAUUUCUGUUUCUGUUUCUCUUUGAAUCGUCUCAAUGUCAGAACUUCCAAGGCAUGCCUAGCCAGCUCAGUUUGUUAGCAAAGCACUUUAUCAUUAUUGCAGCUUAGAGAUAAACGUAAGUCGAUAUUAAUAAUGAGCCAGCAUCUAACGCUAUCGGUUAAAAGCUGUUAUAGAUCCAACAUUUCGAUUCAUUUAGUAGAUUCUGUGCAUCAUUCUUGAGGAAACCUUCAAUCAGUUCAUUCGAAUGCGUGUGUUGAUGGUGAACCGCGCGUCGACUGUAUGUCACUCUAUUGUGCCCAAGCAUUAUUCGAUACAAAUAACGAAACUGCGACUGUUAUUCACGUAUUUAUAACCUAUUUCUGUUUCUGUUUUUGUCUUUAUUUCUGGAUGAACAACUUGAAAGUCUGGAAUUCAUUUCCAAAGCAUGUCCAGUUCAUUCAAUCCGGUAGAAAAUCUCUUUAUAAUUAUUGCUGCUGUUGGAUUAAAAAUGCUUCAGGCUGUACAACAACUUCUUGAAGUCUAGUCCGUUUCUGUUUAAAGUGCUUCAAAAUAUAAAUUUGCUUUUCAAAGCACGUCUAGUAAAUUUUAGCCGCUAUUAAAGCACUUCAUCAUUAUUGCAACAGCGAGAUAAAUGAUGGUGCACCCUGUACAGCAACUUCUUGUCGUCUAAUCAAUAGCAAACAAUUAAAUUAGACACGCUGCACAAAGCAAGUCCCAUUAUAAGUUAUUGUAAGGUCAGGCACUAAUAGAAACAUUUGUAUAAACAAAUCGCCGCCCUAAUAGCAAUUUUCAUGCAACACACUUUCAACCGCAGCUGCUCAACUGCAAGUACAUUAAAGCCUGAAUAGCUGUCAAUAUGCUUUUAUGUGUGCGCCUUUCUAUGAAAUUCUGCAAAAUCUGUUUUAGUUCACAAUCGGACUAAUUACUUCAUAUACCACUAAUAUUUUCGGAAAUGCUUCACAAAAACAAAAACACUGUUAUUUUAGUUGAUUAGAAUUUAAUUGCAAUUAGCGUGCUUACCUUCGGCCACCAGCAAGCAAUAAGCUGCACUGCACACGAAAAAUAUUUGACGUUAAUGAAGCUGAAGUGAGAAUCAAAUGAAGCGAAUUGAAUUGAGCGAACACUGGCAUAAAUGAUAAUUGUAUAUGAUUGCGCGUAAGUAAAUACAAUUCGGCCGAAAUUGAAACAGUGAAAACACAGCUUAAUCAUAAAUAAUGUCUUAGCAUAAGAAGAAGCGAACUCGAAAUCAUGAACACACACACAUACAAAGACAAACGCAUAAAUCUUUACUUAAUUGCUCGUGUGAGUUUUCUGUCAAAAUUCAGGCUGAUAAAUCACUGGCAUACGGCAUGUGUGUGUGUGUGUGUGCAGCAAUAAAUAUAAUAAUAUUUUGAGUUAUUUGCCUACAUAAAAGAUGAGCAUUAAAAUAAUUUAAUUAUCGGGUG